AUGUCCACAUCUGUGUCGAAUGUUCAAUUUGUACAAAUUGAUAGCUUGCAUGUCGAUUCGGAGUUAUACGCUGGAAUGAACGAAGUGGCUGGAGAAACUUGUCAAGGACUCUUAACAGGAUUGAUAUCAGUGGAGGAUCAUCGACUUGAGAUAACGAACAGUUUUCCAACGGCACGCGCUGAACCAGCCCUCGAUGGUGAUGAAAAUGCGCCAGCGAAUUAUCAGUUUGAAGAACAAAAGCAAGCUGAAAUGCUUGAUAUGUUACGCAAGUUCAGGAAUAUGAAUAUUGACUAUGAAUUGGUUGGUUUCUAUCAAGCACAUGCAUUUGGUGCGUGCUUCUCGCAGGAAUUAGUCGAUUCUUUAGUUGACUAUCAGUCGAGUGUUCAAGACGGUGUGGUGCUUAUCUAUGAUGCCGUCAAAACCCGUCAAGGGCAACUGAGUAUACGUGCUUUUCGACUCUCAACAAAAGCCUACGAAAUGUCUUUGGAUAACGAAUGGACACCAGAAAGUGUUAAACAGUCAGGUUUAUCAUUUGAAAAUAUGUUCGAUGAACUGCCGGUAGUGAUAAAGAAUAGUCACUUGGUGAACGUUAUGCUGGCCGAAUUAUCGCUAUCACCCAAACAAACUUCAUUGGUUUCAUCAGCGCAUUUGGAGUUGGGAACGAGAAGAUCGUUAGAGAAAUGUUUGCGUACGUUGAUGGUGAACAUCGAUGACUUGAAUAAAACGAUAAUGGCGUAUAAUAAAUAUGUGGCUGAUAAGCAACGACACGAUAUGAACGUCUAUAAUGCAACGCAGAAAAGACAAGCAGAAAAUGAGCAGAGGGAAGCACGAGGUGAGCCCUUGCUAUCGUACGAUGAUAUCAAGAAGAUGAAACCCCCACAGUUGGCGACUAAAUGUGGCAUGUUGGAGAGCUUCUUGUGUUGUUCGGAUGCUGCUGCACAUGCCGAUUUCGCUUAUGAGGUGACUGGUGAAAAUAUCGCAAAAUUAUUUUUGGCCGAAGCGGUUGGCGACGUGCGAAAUGUAGUGGAUAGACAUUCGAACUGA